AGGGUUUCGUCACCGCGACAUCACAGCCACCGAGGUCAAAAUAGAAAAAAGUGGUCUGCAGGGUGUACCGCCUAGUUAGUUGGCAAACUACACUCCGUCGUCAAGUCAUCAAUUUAGUGCAAGGUGAACAUGAACUUGUUGUGUGCCUGUCCGCUACUAGCAGCUCUUCUUCUCUUCGUUGAUCUCACCUUGGCCAACAACUAUGCCAUUGUUUUGGACACGUCUGAAAACAUGAAGGGGAAUCGCCUGACGGCUGUUCGUCAGGCACUCAGGAGCUUCGUUUUGGAUGCUACAGAAAACACAAGAAUUGCCGUCAUCGGUUUUGGAAACCAUGCAAAGCGCUACAGCAAAUCACUAGUACCACUUUCCUCACUAGAGAACAAGCAGCUUCUUCUGGAUUCACUUCCUACACACAAGAACUUGAAGGGUUCAACAUCCGUUCCUGUCAUGGGAAUCAAAAAAGCUCUUAAACUUUUAAGACAGGCUGCGGUGCCUGGCCAGAACAUAGUGGUCAUAACUGCCAGCAGUGAGACUGAAGGACCAGGACCUUACCUCAAUCAAACUAAACUCAUUGAAAAAGUUGACACAGCACAGGUUGUAGUCUAUGGAAUAGCAAUCGGCAGUCAAGCAGUGGGAGAUAGUUUCAUGAAAAUAUGUCAGCGUGAUAGAGGACCUGGAAAACUGUUCUAUGAGUCAGAAAUGCCUGGUCAGCCCUAUAGAAUUGUUGAUGCUCUCAUUAGAAUUGCUCAAGACAGUGACAGCAACCGCUUGCAACAUUUGUACACAGGCAUGUUCAAUCUGUCUCUAAAUCAACAGUGGAUUCAAGAAGUUACUAUGGAUUCCUCAGUUGGACACCACACAGUGUUCUAUAUCAGCUGGAUGGGAUCAAUCUCUCCUGACCCCAGUGCUUUGGACUUCAAGCUUAGAGCUCCCAAUAGAACAAAAGUAACUCGUGGAUAUUCUUGCUCCAAAUUAUUUCACAUGUGCCAAUACAACAUUCCCAAGCAUGCUGAGAAUGGAACCUGGACUAUGGAAGUGGUGAACAGGAUGAGUGACACUGUAGUCUCUCUAUCUGCUCUCGCAUUAUCUAGGUCGGUUGGUCAAAACCCAAUCAAGAUUUACACAAAGAUUCUGACUAAACUUACACCAUAUUACAUCUGGGCAGAAGUCAAGCAAGGAAACAUACAUGUGCAAGGAGCCAAUGUUACUGCUCUAGUGACUAGACAAAACAUGCCACCAGUUUCCAUCCAACUACACGCAUAUGCAGGUGGCGACAUUUCAAGGGGCAAGGGUGGCUAUAGAGCUACUUUCAAUGAGAUUUCAGGUGAUGGUUGGUAUAAUGUUUAUGUCACAGCUACUGCAACAAAGAACCAUCAAUUGCCACAUAAGCCUCAACAAACAUAUGCAUCAACAAAAAUAUCUGAAGAUCUACCACCUGAAUUGUUAGAAGAAGAAGGACGUUCACUCAUCGAACCACCAGCAGUAACUGCUUUUACUCGGAUGCAAGCAGCAGGGGCAUUUCCAGCAACAGGGUAUGGAGAUACAGCAAUGCCACAGCCAGACAACAUAAAACCAAACAAUGUGGUUGAUUUGAGAAUUAUCCAACCCUCACUGACAUGCAGUAAUGGUGCUGUUACGAUGACAUGGACAGCUCCCGGAGAUGACCAAGAAAGUGGACGAGCUUCCCGUUACGAUGUCAGGAUAAGCACAGAUCGAUCUAGCUUCAGUAAGAACUUUACCAUGCAAGUUGCAGUAAAGCCUGAAGAUGUCCUGCCACAAUCUCCCUCUUCUCUUGAUAAUCCACAACCAGCUGGAACACCUGAAAAACUCAUCUUCAGGUGUAGUAUUUGCACUCCAGGAAUACUAGUCUUUUUCUCCCUGAAAACUGUUGAUGAAAGUGACAACUGGUCUGAUGCUGCAUUUUAUUCAUUUGCAAAAGUGGCUGAUGAUGCAACAAAUUGUCCAGAGUCAAGUCCACAAACACCACAAGCACCGACAGAUGAAGAGGUGACAGAUGAAGAGGUGACUACAGAACCCCCAGUGACUUCCCGUGUUGGACCUGAACCAGAACUCCCAAUGACUUCCCGUGUUGAACUGGAAUCAGAACCGCCAGUGACUUCCCUUGUUGGACCCGAAUUUGUAGAUGUGCCUGACAUAAUAAGACACGCCCAAUUCACUCCAACUGUUUCCUCUUCAGCAUCACCAGCACAGCCUGAGCACAUCUCAUCGAAUGGCUCAUUUAAUCAGCCUUUAUCUAUGUGUAGAUGUGUGAGGCUAAGAAUCAAAGACCAUGUCUGCCAGGACAGCAUCACAUACAAGGGGAAGGUUAUGGAAGUUGUUAACAGGACCGAUGGGCAGGAAGAACUAACGCUCAGUGACGUUCGAUCAUAUACAACAUCAGUGCCAACGGGAUUUAACCUUACAAACACAGUUACCCUUACUCGGCAAUGCCCAAGAUGCAAGCAAUUGAAGAAGAACCGUUACUACAUCUUUUCAGCUGUGCUAAACACCAGAGACGAAAAAUUCUACAUCAGAAACAGUGGCAUGGUGCGACAGCUGAGUAUGAAACCAGAAAGGGUGAUUUCUACUCUUAAACGUAUCUCCACUGCGUUGAACAAAUGCCAAUAACAGAACUAAGUACAGUACAGUACCGCACACACAAUAAUGGAUAACAUAGCGCGCGUUAGACUGUUCACAAUGGCCGUGUAUAACAUAACCGGACAUAAUUUGAAUUACAA